AUAAUCCGGCACUGACUGAAACCAUUUUUCGUAUCGAUAAUUGUCAACCGCAUUAGCGCUUGUGAAGAGUAGAAACAGAUGUACAGAUAUACUGAACAUUGUGAAAAUGUGUCCGAUUAAAUAGUAAUUUAUUACGUACGCAAAUGACGCAAUUUUUCUCUUUCUCAGUUUGCACACCUUUUCAAAAAAACAACAUGUAGAUACCUAGUGUGCAAACAACGCAUACAAAUUACGUACAAUCGUAACGACUGUUUUUCUUUUGUGAUGAGUGACAAGUGUGUAUUUGCUACGCAGCACUGUGCUGCAUAGUAUCAAACAUUCACAAUAUAAAAUAAAAAUGUCAGAAAACGCCGAAUGAUGCCAGAAAUGAAUGUUGGUUUUGAUAUAUCGUUUUGGAUUGUUGGUCGUUAUCAAAACUGUCUUACUUUGUGCGUCAACAGUGAAAGAUUCCAGCGAGUUCGAUAAAUUAUUCGUUCUAACGGAUAAUUUGUCAAUUUAUGACCGGACGGUUUUGUGUGCAUCAGAAUUCCUUGGAACAGCUAUUUUGGUAUACGUUGGAUGCAUGGGAUGUGUAACUUUCGGAAAUGCACCCAAUCAUCUUGCCGUAUCGAUAUGCUUUGGUUGUGGUGUGAUGCUUGCCAUUCAAUGUGUUGCACAUAUAUCUGGGGCACACAUUAAUCCAGUGGUUACAAUAGCGUCAGCUAUUUUAGGAAAUUUACCUCUAAUCGAAGUUCCUGUUUAUUUUGUUGGACAAUUUAUUGGGGCAAUCGCAGGGUUCGGAGCCUUAAAGGCGACAACUCCUUCAGAAUUCAUAAAAGUAUUUAUUAAUAAUACCGAACCUGUACCGGGAAUAUGUUCACCUGUAGUGUCACCAAAUGUAAGCUCAUUUCAUGGCUUUUUAUCUGAAUUCUUCGCAACUUUAAUACUAAUAUUACUCUGCUGUUCCGUCUGGGACCCAAGAAACAGUACAAAACAUGACUCGGUACCUAUCAAGUUUGGACUAGCGAUUGUGGCAUUGGCCUUAUCCGCGGGACCGUAUUCAGGAGCUCAUUUGAAUCCUGCCAGAAGUUUAGCACCUGCCUUAUGGAAUGGAGAUUGGAAAGAUCACUGGGUGUACUGGCUAGGCCCCACAUUGGCAGCAAUUUUUGGAGCAGCAACAUAUAGAUUUUUCUUUUCCUUCCAGCAAGACGAAAAGCCAAAUAGCAUUGCCGAAACAAUUCCACUAAAUGAUAAGCCUUAAAUUAAUAUUCCAGUCUAUUCUAUUGUUUUCUAAGUACUUUGUUAUUGACUUUUUACAUCUUGUUUAAUAAACAUAGUUGUGUUUUUUA